AUGAAGACGGAUUUCAAGUUUUCGAAUUUACUGGGAACAGUGUACUGCCAAGGCAAUCUGCUGUUCAGCCCAGACGGUACCCAUCUCUACUCGCCCGUUGGGAACAGAGUCACCGUCUUCAAUCUUGUCGACAACAAGUCGUAUACACUCCCAUUCGCCCACCGAAAGAACAUCUCGAGGAUAGGCUUGACCCCGCAGGGCAACCUCCUCCUCUCCGUCGAUGAAGAUGGCCAGGCAAUCCUCACGAAUGUCCCGCGUCGCGUUGUGCUCUACCAUUUCUCUUUUAAAUCGGCAGUGACGGCGCUUUCAUUUUCUCCCUCAGGACGGUACUUCGUGGCCGGUCUCGGGAGGAAAAUCGAGGUCUGGCACGUCCCAUCGACUCCGGACUCGAACGUCGAGGGUGAUCUCGAAUUUGCGCCCUUUGUACGCCAUCACACACACACGCAGCACUUCGACGAUGUCCGGCAUAUCGAGUGGUCGAGCGACUCUAGAUUCUUCCUGAGCGCUUCCAAGGACCUAACGGCGAGGAUAUGGAGCUUAAAUCCGGAAGAAGGGUUCACCCCCACCGUCCUGUCAGGUCAUAGACAAGGCGUGGUGGGCGCUUGGUUCUCCAAGGACCAGGAAACCAUCUACACCGUCAGCAAGGACGGGGCCGUCUUUGACUGGAAGUACACAACAAAACCGGGCAUGGACGAGGAUGAGAUGGUGGAUGAUUCAGAUAUGCGAUGGAGGAUCGUCAACCGACACUACUUUAUGCAAAACAGCGCGACCCUCCGAUGCGCCGCUUUUCACGCCGAGUCGAACCUGUUGGUCGCUGGCUUCUCGAACGGCAUCUUUGGGCUGUACGAGAUGCCCGACUUCAACAUGAUCCACACGCUCAGUAUCUCGCAGAACGAGAUUGACUUUGUGACAAUCAACAAGAGCGGAGAGUGGCUGGCUUUUGGUGCGUCCAAAUUGGGGCAACUUCUGGUAUGGGAGUGGCAGUCCGAGUCCUACAUCCUAAAGCAACAGGGGCAUUUCGACGCCAUGAAUGCCUUAGUUUACUCACCCGACGGACAGCGCAUCGUCACUGCCGCUGACGACGGCAAGAUCAAGGUGUGGGACAUCGAGUCCGGAUUCUGCAUAGUGACGUUCACCGAGCAUACAAGCGGUGUCACAGCCUGCGAGUUUGCCAAGAAAGGGAACGUUCUCUUCACCGCGAGUCUGGACGGUUCGGUCAGAGCGUGGGAUUUGAUUAGGUACAGGAACUUUAGGACCUUUACGGCGCCGGAGCGGCUGUCGUUCUCGUGCAUGGCCGUUGAUCCAAGCGGAGAAGUUGUAGCCGCAGGGUCGAUUGAUUCGUUUGAUAUCCACAUUUGGUCUGUGCAGACAGGGCAACUGCUCGAUCGACUUUCCGGGCACGAAGGCCCGGUCUCGUCCCUUGCGUUCGCACCUAACGGGGGCCUCCUUGUCAGUGGCAGCUGGGACAGGACAGCGCGGAUAUGGUCUAUCUUCAAUAGAACGCAGACCAGCGAGCCUCUGCAGCUGCAAUCAGAUGUUCUCGAUAUCGCUUUCAGACCGGACUCGUCGCAGAUCGCCAUCUCGACUCUGGAUGGCCAGUUAUCAUUCUGGUCUGUAUCGGAAGCCCAACAAAUAUCUGGCGUCGACGGUCGCCGCGACGUUUCGGGUGGCCGCCGAAUUACGGACCGUAGGACCGCUGCGAACGUGGCUGGAACAAAAAGUUUCAAUACCAUCCGCUACAGCACCGACGGCUCAUGCCUCCUGGCGGGCGGAAACAGCAAGUACAUCUGUCUCUACUCCGUCACUACAAUGGUGCUUCUUAAAAAGUUCACGGUGAGCGUCAACCUGUCGCUCUCGGGUACCCAGGAGUUUCUCAACAGCAAACUGCUCACCGAGGCAGGGCCGGCCGGCCUCCUUGAUGAGCAAGGAGAGGCAUCCGAUCUAGAGGAUAGGAUAGACCGGUCAUUACCUGGUUCCAAACGGGGCGACCCCUCCGCAAGGAGGAGAACCCCCGAAGUAAGGGUAACCGGGGUGGCCUUCUCGCCAAGCGGCUCCGCAUUUUGCGCUGCCUCAACAGAAGGCCUUUUGAUCUACAGCCUUGACAGCACCGUGCAGUUUGAUCCAUUUGACCUGAACAUGGAGAUCACACCAGCAUCAACGCUCGCGGUGCUUGAGCGGGAAAAGGACUACCUCAAGGCUCUUGUCAUGGCGUUCCGCCUAAACGAGGCUGGUUUGAUCCAGCGUGUCUUCCAAGCUAUCCCGUACACGGACAUUGGCUUAGUCGUGGAGCAGUUUCCAACCGUCUAUGUAGCGCGACUGCUGCGCUACGUGGCGGCCCAGACAGAACAGUCACCUCACGUCGAGUUCUGUCUGCUUUGGAUCAAAGCCCUGGUUGACAAGCAUGGCGCAUGGCUGACGGCGAACCGCGGCAAGGUUGACGUGGAGCUCCGUGUCGUAGCGCGGGCGGUGUCCAAGAUGCGGGACGAAAUCAGGCGGCUUGCCGACGAGAAUAUGUACAUGGUGGAUUACCUCCUCGGCCAGGCAAGUGGAAAGAAGACUGCCAGUUCGGAUACCAAGGCGCUUGGUUGGCGUGAUGAAGAGGGCUCUCCCAUGAAAGCAUUGCCCUCAUCCAACAAGGGGCUAAGCCUAGAUGAUCUUAUCCAGCAGGAUAUUGCCGAGGAUCAGGAGGAAUGGAUUGGGCUAGAAUAGGUAGGGAUAGGAAAGGUGUUGUACAGGAUUGAUACCACAAUGAGCAUGGAUGGUCGUUCACAUGUGUCACGGCACGGUGGCCUUGUCGCCUGGGGUUGGAAGGAAGAUUACACCCACCCAACGAGCCGCGCGCAUCUUCCGAGCCAUGGCCUACAGCUUGACAUCUUUGAUAUCCGGAAUGUCCUACAGGCCUGUU